CGUCAUACGACAAUUUGUAAAAGUACGAGGGCAUUUUGCGUUAUAAAGUAGAAGAACUGUCUCUCCCUCUUACUAUCAAUUUAAAAAAUUCCGAGCAUCCAUUGAAGGCAGCAGAGAACUGCCACUCAGUCGAGGUUCGAUCUGAAGUUCACGGCGUAGUUUCCAGAGUCUGUCCACCAGGGGGCACAGCCCAAGGGAGGCUCAAUCCAAACCCUCAACUCCGCUUCUGCUCGUACCAUGAGCUGAAUCUGUCCGGGACAGACCAGGGAAGAUGGCGGCCACUGACCAUUCCCGGUCCGAAGCUGCCAAGCAGCGACGGCAGGAUCAGCUGCAGCGAUGGCUGGGCUCGGAGACGGAUCAGACGGAGUCGGAGGCACGGGAAAGUUUAAGCGGUUCUGGUACGCGGCGAGCGAAAGUUCGGUUUGCCCAAGGAGCCGUGUUUAUGGCCGCCUGUUCUGCCGGAGACCGGGAGGAGGUGGCAGCGCUUCUCCGGCAGGGAGCUGACAUCAACCACGCCAACAUUGACGGACUGACAGCGCUUCAUCAGGCCUGCAUUGAUGAAAAUGCUGAGAUGGUGCAGUUUCUGGUGGAGAGCGGGAGUGAUGUAAACAGAGGGGACAACGAGGGCUGGACUCCUUUACAUGCUGCAGCGUCCUGUGGUUUUAUCCAGAUCGCUAAGUAUCUGAUAGAGCAUGGCGCUCAUGUUGGAGCAGUGAACAGUGAAGGAGAACUUCCUCUGGAUGUGGCCACAGAAGAUGCCAUGGAGAGACUUCUAAAAGCUGAAAUAAAAAAGCAAGGAAUUGACGUGGAUAGGGCCAGAAAAGAGGAGGAGAGGAUCAUGCUCCAGGACGCCGAGGCAGUCCUGGCAGGAGGCGGGACUCUCACACCUCACCCCAACACCAAGGCAACAGCUCUGCAUGUUGCCGCUGCCAAAGGCUACAUAGAAGUCCUGAAAGUUCUGCUGCAGUGUGAGGUGGAUGUGGACGGCAGGGACGUGGACGGGUGGACGCCCCUGCACGCAGCAGCACACUGGGGGCAGGAGGAAGUGUGCAGUCUGCUCGCAGACAACAUGUGUGAUAUGGGUGCCGUAAACAAUGUGGGCCAGACCCCUCUAGAUGUCGCAGAUGAGAACCUUGUGGACUCCCUGGAGGAGCUGCAGAAGAAACAGAACGCCUUACGCAGCGAGAAAGAGAAACAGACUCCUGUUAUUGAGACCAGCCCGCAGAUCUCCAUGGUACCGGUUCGCACACGCAGGACUUCUAUCUCUCGUAUGAGCAGCAAAGAGAAGAUCUGCCUCCAUGAACGGGAGAAGCACCCGCCUCCCGCCCUGCCGAGCAGCCCAGCUGAGGAGGAGGAGGAAGAGAGCCAGACGGGGCAGAGUCAGGCAACUCAGAACCAGGGGAAGGCCUCUAGCAGCUCCAGCUCGGAGGAGGAGAGUGAAUCAGAGAGCGACGCUGAGUCUGAGAAAGCAAAAAACAGAGAGAUCAUAAACAACUUGAACAACAAACGGAACACCACCGGCCUGCUUCCUACCUCUAUAUCAACAAGCCAAGUGAAAAAGCAAGACCAGAGCAAGCCUCCAGCCACUGAGGCCCCUGCUCCUGGCUCCUGGAGAACGUCUCUGAGGAAAGCAGGCAGCUCAGUGACUCUGGGCUCAGCCGGGCUGUCCGACUCCACCCAUGACCCCAGCAGACCUACAGAGACCGGCCUGGGCAUGCCCCGCUCUGCCUCCAGUCCCCGCCUCAGCUCUGAGGCUGACACCAAGGAACCCAGGCUCGCUCGGGUGCCGCCCAACCUGACACGGAGACUCUUCAGUAUACCAGACAGCAGCCCUGACAACUCCAACAGCUGGCUGAGCCGUAGCUCCUCUUACACCCGGCGCCUCUAUAGUCAAUCAGGGAAUGAUCUCACUAGUUCUACCCCCUCUUUGCUUCACAGCUCAUCUUAUGGAAAGAGACUGGAUGAUCCCAACCUGACCUCAGCCAGCACAGGAACAAGCUCCGCCGGACUCGGCCGCCUUAAUAGUGUUAUAGCACAGAGACUUCCUCAGGAACAGGUGGAAAAGAAAGACCAGUCUUUCUCCACCUCAAUCACGCAAAGUUCGACAGCAGGAGAGCAGGAGACCAAGCAGAGGCGCAAGUCCUACCUGACUCCAGUGCGUGAUGAAGAAGCCGAAGCACAACGCAAAGCACGCUCACGACAUGCUCGGCAGUCCCGCCGAUCCACCCAGGGGGUGACGCUAACAGAUCUGCAGGAGGCUGAAAGGACGAUGAAGACUGACAAUAAAAGCAGAGAGAAGAAAGAGGAAGAGAAAGAGAAAGAGAAGGAGACAAAACCAAAGAAAGGAGAAGAAGGGGAAGUGAGCUGGAGGUCUCGUAUCGCCAGCCUGCAGAAGUCUGACUUGCUGGGUCUCACGCAGCCCACUGGCACAGCACGGCCCCAGAUAUCAGAGAAGAGAGAUGUUGAGGCCAGCACAGGGGAGAGUGAGACGGAACGAUGGGCGAGGGAGCGAAGAGAAAGGAGGCAAGCUCGAGCCAGAAGAAAGGCACAACGGACCGGGGAGAGUGAUGACAAUGAUCCCAGUGGAGAGGAAGAGUUCUCAGGCAGUUUGCAGGAUCAUCAGACGGACCAUCAUUUGAGUUCCAGGUUGGAUGUAUCCUGUAAUGACUGUACCCAGGGAGGAAGCUCAGAGGCCAAGGAUUUUAAGAAGUUGUUUGAAGAGGUUUCCAGAGAAAACAGUCAGCUCCAAUCUCAGCUGCAGGACACCCAAAGGAUUGUCAACCAGACCAGGUUGGACCUGGAAAAGGCCACACAGCGACAGGAGCGCUUUAGCGACUGUUCUGCCUUACUGGAGCGGGAGAGAAAGGACCGGAGGAUGUUGGAGCGGCGGAUGGCAGAGUUGGAGGAGGAGCUAAAGGUUCUGGUUGACCUGAAAGCAGACAACCAACGUCUUAAAGAUGAAAAUGGAGCACUGAUCCGUGUCAUCAGCAAACUCUCCAAAUAGACUGAGGGAGUGAGAGACACCAUGAGCAGGGAAACCCCCCUCCCCUUCCCUCCAUACAUCCAUCCGUCCGUCCAUCUUUUCCACACAUUCCUCCAAGUGCCAAAGAGUGAGAGAGGGGGAGAGAAUGUCCUACACGUACAUGAGCACCACAGCUCGACUCCUCGGAUUGUGCCUCCUCUCUGUGAACAGCUGGAGAGGCUUUCUUCCUGUGUGCCUUAAUGCCUGUUUUGUCACAGGAUGGUGUAAAGGUCCGAGGCUAAGGCUGUAGUACCAAGAGACUUGACAACAGCCAGAAUGCCCACGGCUGCUGCAUCCAACAUCUACAUACUAUGACUGUGCGUCAGGGAAAACACUAACAUGCACACACAUUCCCAUGCGUGCAUCACACACUUCCUCGGUGCACAUUCCACGAGCACACAAGGCAGCUUGGGCCUUAAAGCUCCCACCUUAUAUAGUAUUUAUUUUAUGUGAACACACUCACGUCACAUUAUUCACAAUUUAAACCCACUCACAGUUCAAAUCUUAUGUCGUCAAGCAGGUUUGGGUGAACAAAAAAAAGCCAUUUCAGGCUCUGUCUUUACAUUUGAUAUCCUGACGACAGGAGGAAGUCCAUGAAGCUGUUGGGUUUUUUGUUUCCACAUGCAAGUGUUUGAACCCACCUACCUCUCCACCUAUGCACCUCCCCUCGUACAUUUGUAUUUUUGUGAUACACUCCAUGCUCUUAAAAGAAAAUGACUGCAGAAUCAGGUCAGUCGACCGCAGCACUUUACUCUUUGCAAAGCAACAAAAGAACUGCGAGGCUUCGUCCGUCCUCCAACUCAUCAUCCAGUUAGCGGAAGAAGUCACCCUUACCUGAUGAUCAAAGAUGAUUGCACAAUUAUGGAAAUUGCUGUUCUGUUAAGCCUAUCAUGCUAUGGAUGGUUUUACCAUUGCUAAAGGUAUUAUUUUCAUAGAUCAUUGUCAAUUCCUCUAAUGCAAGGGAGCAUGGUCAUGUAUAUUAAAUGUGUAUAAAUAUUAGUCUUGAAUAAUACCCUUUUUGAAGUAAAAUUCCAUGUAGCCUUUCUUCACAUGUUGGUUUUCUAAUAUAUUGAAUGGACGUCUGCACCCUAAUAAAAAAAGUG